GGUACUUUUUGUGAUUGUCUAUCGUUCACAAAAAAAAAUGUCAUUUGGUCGACGUGGUGGUCGAUGGGGUAUGAAUUUCAUCUCUGGUUCUGGUCCACAGCACAGUUUAUCAACUCAUUCGCUAUUCAACGAAGAUGCAUCAGAUGAACAGCAUAGAAAAUCUGGAAAUAAAUCAUCAUCAUCAAAUCACUCCAGAAUUGGAGGCGCCUCAGUUCCACCACCGCCAUCUCUUGGUUAUCGUAAUAGUAAAGGCUAUACGGAUCCGAAUGAAGUACUUAUGCAACAUAGUGCUUUUGCUGGAACACAAGGCGGCAGUAGUAGUAUGCCAAGAGCUUUUGCUAAUUUAGGUCGUAAAAGAGUAGCAGAUGAGGAUGAUUACUUCUUAGAAGAUGAUGAUCCAGGCCAACUGGAAUAUCAACCAGCUCCAGGUAGUCCAGCAGCUAAUAAAGUCAACUCAAAUGAAGCUGAUGUUCAAUCGGAUGAUUCCGAUGAUCCUUUAGAUCAGUUUAUGGCUAAUAUUAAUGAGGAGGUUAAAUCGCUUCAAUCUGGUGACAAUAAAGAAUCAAACAAGCCAAAGAAGAAUAUCAAAGGAAACACUAAAGGUGUACGUGAUGAUAUUGAACAAGAGGAUGAAAUAGAAUCGUAUAUGCGAUUUAUGGAAGAAAAUCCUCAUCUUGGAUUAGCUGCAGAUGAAGAUGAAGAAGUCUAUGAAUACGAUGCUGAUGGCAAUAUUAUUGGUACUGAGAAAAAGAUGAUUGAUCCUUUACCUGCCAUCGAUCAUUCAAUAAUAAAUUAUGCACCAUUUGCAAAAAAUUUCUAUAUUGAACAUGAAGAAAUUAGUCGAUUGGAUCAAGCCGGUGUCGAUGCAUUACGCGAGAAGCUUGGUUUACGUGUCAGUGGACCAAGUCCACUUCGACCGGUUUGUUCAUUUGCUCAUUUAGGUCUUGAUGAACCAUUGAUGGAGGCUAUCCGUAAAGCUGGUUACACUCAACCGACACCAAUUCAAGCACAAGCUGUCCCUAUAGCUAUGUCUGGACGUGAUGUUAUCGGGAUUGGAAAGACAGGCAGCGGGAAAACUGCUGCAUUCCUUUGGCCACUUAUUAUACAUGUUAUGGAUCAGCCACCAUUGAAACUUGGUGAUGGUCCAAUCGGUGUAAUCUGUGCACCGACAAGAGAAUUAGCUUUACAAAUAUAUAGUGAAGCAAAAAAAUUAGCUAAAGUGUAUAAUUUAACAGUUGUCUGUGCCUAUGGUGGUGGUAGUUUAUGGGAACAACAAAAAGCCUGUGAAGCUGGUUGUGAAAUUCUCGUUUGUACACCUGGUCGAUUAAUUGAUAUAGUGAAAAAGAAGUCGACUAAUUUACGCAGAGUGACAUAUCUAGUUUUUGAUGAAGCGGAUAAAAUGUUCAAUCUUGGUUUUGAACCUCAGGUUCGUUCAAUUGCUAAUCAUGUGAGACCUGAUCGACAAACACUUCUCUUCAGUGCAACAUUUAAACGACGAUUGGAACGAUUGGCUAGAGAUAUACUGACUGACCCUAUACGCAUUAUACAAGGGGAAUUGGGUGAGGCUAAUGAAGAUAUUACGCAACAUGUGGAAAUUUUCAAUAAAAUCGAUGAGAAAUGGGAUUGGUUAACACGAAAUUUAGUCAGAUUUACUACUGAGGGCAGUGUGCUUAUAUUUGUAACAAGAAAAGUGCAUAGUGAAGAAGUUGCACAAAAAUUGAAAUCACGUGAUCUUAAAGUUCUUCUUAUUCAUGGGGAUAUGCAUCAAUCAGAUCGUAAUUCAGUCAUUCAAGCAUUUAAACGUCAAGAAGCGCCAAUAUUAGUCGCUACAGAUGUUGCAUCACGUGGUUUGGAUAUUCCAAGUAUACACAAUGUGAUAAACUAUGAAGUGGCCCGGGAUAUUGAUACGCAUAUUCAUCGAGUCGGUAGAACUGGACGUGCAGGUGCUAAAGGCACCGCUUAUACAUUAUUUGUUGCUGGAAAAGAUCCCGUUGACUUUGCAGCUUGUCUAGUGCAACAUUUGGAGUCCGCGUCACAGACUGUGCCACAAAGACUUUUAGAUAUAGCGUUAAAGUGUACUUGGUUCUCAAAUAAUCGAUCAUCGCUGGACUAUAAAAAUGGAGCAGGUGGUGGUGGUGGUGCGAAACCAGCUGUUGGCUUUGAACCGAGACCUGCACGAGCAAGACCUGGAUUAGGCUUAUCAUCGUCGGACAGCAGUAGUGAGCCAUAUAAUCCACGUAAUAGUGGUAGUAGUGGUCCAGCCUCAGCAGCUGCAGCCGGAGAAGGCGAUGAACUAAUUCGACCAGGUGGUUUACAAGCGGAUCGUUUCUCUGCAAUGAAAGCUGCAUUUACAGCUCAAUACAGUCGAAGAUUUGUUUCUGCUGGUGUUGAAGCCAGUCGAUAUACACAUCCAGAAAUGUUAAAAUCAUGUGUCUAUGAUAAACUACAAACGGUUGGUGGUAAUUUCAUUAAUUCGUCUAGUCAACAACAAUACCAGGAGCAGCAGCAGCAGCAGUCAGAAAUGAAUCCCGUUACGAAGCAGAAACGUUCACGAUGGGAUUAAUCAAUUGGGAAAAACCUUUAGCCAAUGAAAAACAAAACAACAUCUCUCUGUAUUUAUAUUGUGUUUAUGU